AUGAAAAAAGUUGCAUUACUGGUUAGUCAAUCUGGAGAUGGUAAGACGACUCUGUUUAAUAAAAUUACUAAUUCUAAUUAAGAAGUUUAAGCUGGAGGAAGGGUUGUAACUCGUGAAGUUUACGUUAAAGACUCAAAAUAUGGAUAAGGAUUUACAUUAAUUGAUACACCUGGUUUAAAAGAUGAAGAUUGUAUUGGCACAUCUUCAAAAAUUUUAAAUUUAAUUGAAAAUAUAUGGAUAUCAAGAAUAAUGGUUGUUGUGCGUUAUGCACGAUUUGAUAUUAUAAAAGAUACUUGCAAAUGGUUAUUACUAGCAUUUGAAAGAUAUCAAGAUAGAAUUACAAUAGUGAUUACUCAUUUUGAUUUUUCUGAUGACAAAGAAAGGGAACAACGUUAAUUAACAGAAUAUUAUCAUAAAGCAGGAAUAAAAUCUAUAAUUUUUGCUUCUAGGGAGGAUUCUGGAGAAACACUUUGUGAAUUAUUCGAUUCAGAGAUUAAAGAUCAACCUUAAAAAAUGUAACUUACUGAAAGUGAAUUACUUAGCUUUUAAUAGUGUGAUUAUAAUUAAUUCUUAUAUUUUGAACUGUUAGAAAUACUAGGAGACAUAUAUAUUUAAUCCAAAAGAUUGUUUUAAGGUUUUCCAGUAAUUGAUGAAUAAGCAAAAGUUCUACUUGUUAAAGAGAUUAUAAAGAAAUUAAUAAACUACAGUUAUGUUAAAUUUAAUAGAUCAUUUGGACGUAAUGAAAAUGAUGAAGAAUAAUUUUUAUUCUUCUUAGAAUUUAGACGCUCUAUAAUUGAUAUUGUAAAUAGAGAUAUUCAAAUAUUGAAAUGGAAUAAUAUUGUUAAAUAUGUCUAAAUUAUAGAAUUGAAGAAUUUUAUUUAGAAUGAAAUGGAGACUUAUGACAAAAAUUUUGAGGUUGGAAGAAAAAAAUGCUUAUAGAAAAUUAGAGAAAAUGCUAAGAAUUAGAAGAUUAAUUAUUUAUGA